GCCUACUCUCACACUUUCUGGUGGUCUGCGUUAAUGGUCGAGUAUCACAUGGAUCUAAAGCUACGCGUUGAACAUAAACUAGGAAGUAUAUUGAUGGCUUGCAUGCUUUGAAGAAGCAAUGUAGAAGUGUCUGUGUUUGGGAUGACGUAAUUAAAUUUACAAGUCAACCGUCAGAAUUUUCAGGAAUAUCACGAUGUCGUCGAACGUUGCAACCAUUAAUGAGACGGGGAGACGUCGACGUCAUUGUUUCAGCAACAUCAUCGGCUUCGCUAGCGUCUUCAGCGUAGCGUCUCUUGUUGUGGAGACAGUAAAGACGUACACGGUGUCCCAGAUUACGACGUUAGAGACACAGUUUGGGCUCAGUAGCACCAAAAGCGGUUUUCUAGUAAGCUGCAAUGAAAUCGGUUUCCUUUCGACCAUUUUCCUUUUCGGCCAUUUUGGAGGAAAGCGGUUCAUACCGAGGAUCCUGUCUUGCGCACUGGUGUUGUUUGGCUUGGCUAAUUGCAUGCUGGGACUGUUGCGCUUCAUAAACCCUACGUCACUUCCUGGUAUAGAUGAAGCAUCUUUCAAUCACUCCUCCACUCACACUGUCCGGCUUUGUGAGGAUUCAGCAAAUGUCAGCGAACGAUGUCCUGAUGUGGAGGAUGAAAGGACCGGCACUAGUCAGUGGAUGUUCAAUGUAUUUGCUGUGUGCAUGGUGCUUCAAGGGAUUGGGAAAUCACCACGUCUUUCCCUGGGUCUUCCCUAUCUUGACAAUAACUCCCGUGAUAAACAACAGUCAAGCUUAUUCACAGGUAUCAUCAUGACUAUCACAUUCCUUGGACCAGUUCUAGCAUUCGGGCUGGGUGGAGUAUUGAGCAACAUACCCGUGGAUCUGAGUGAUUCCAAGUUAAGUCCGCUUCAUCCUGAGUGGAUUGGGGCAUGGUGGAUUGGCUACCUGUUGUUCGGAUGUGCCGCUCUCGUUCUGGCUAUACCUUUAGGCUGCUUCCCAAAACACAUACGGGCACCCAAAGACCAACACACAGUCCAUGUUCUGGAAACUACAACCUCACUUAAGAGAGAUAUUGUGGACUUACCAAGAUCGGUAUUACGGGUUGUGAAGAACCCAGUAAUUGCCUGUAUCCUUCUGGGCGAUUGCAGUGCCUUAUUCUUUAUUGGGGGCUAUUUGAGUUUUGCACCUAAAUACAUUCAGAGCCAAUUUGGCACAACGGCUGCCGAAGCAAAUUUCAUCUAUGGUAUUAUAGGUUUGUUCUGGGCCAUUGUGGGGACAUUACUUGGAGGUAUCCUCACGAGCAAACUCAAGCUGACCAACAGGGGAUGCGUGAAGCUGAUAGCCGUUCUUACAGCCUUUGGCACAGUCCUCUACACCCUCAUGUGGGCCUUUGGAUGUGACAACCCAAACAUCAAUGGUCUAGGUGGCGAUGGAAUGAUGAACAGCACUUCCGUUUGUAAUUGUGAUGCAAACGAAUUCCUGCCACUGUGUGGGGUUGACGGGGAGACAUACAUCAAUCCCUGUCUUGCAGGAUGUCAGUCUCAGAAUGGAACUACGUAUACGGGAUGUAGCGAGAUUCCUGGGGAUGAGGGGACGGCUGGAUGGUGCCAGAGAGAUUGCCCCUUCUUGUACCCCUACCUACUCGUUGACCUUGUAGCCGGCACCGUGGCGACAGUGUCCAUAGUUCCUGUUUUCAUGAUCAUCAUCAAGACUGUUGAGCCGCGUGACAAAUCAAUGGGUCUAGCUAUAUCGGCUUUCCUGAACGGUGCUGUAGGUUUCCUCCCAUCACCUGUUGUGUAUGGGAUGGUGAUUGACAGCACGUGCAGACUGUGGCAAAUAAAGUGUGGCGAGACUGGCGCAUGCGCACUGUAUGAUCUCCCACUUCUGCGCUAUCGCAUGAAGUCUAUGGAUAUCGGACUUCAAGUACUGUCGUCAGCUUGCUUCAUUGUGGCUUUCCUUUUGUUUAAAAAUGGCUUCGUUCAGGAGUCGCUUGAUACAGAUUCAUCAGAUGUCCAGUCAGAAAUGGCAGAGGAAAGACAGCAGCUGGAAAUUUAACACUUGUUAGAAACUAGAAAUAUAGCAUUUUCAAAAGAACAACAGAAUCUGUCUCAUAUGAUUUGGCGGACCGUUGUAUGCCAGGGACAGGAUGGGUUGAUGCUUGGUUCAUCUCCCUACUGAGAUGAGAUGAAGUGGGGCUUUAACAUCGGGCUCAAGAUCAUUGAAUUUAUACAGCCGAGUGCUCGCAUAUGUGGCUGGUUGUACUAGUCGAGGGCACUAAUCCACCAUGUCAUACUUUAAUAUGAAUAGCCAGUUCAGACACAGUGCAUUCCAUGUACAUUAAUGUAUCAUGUCUUACUUUAACAUGAAUAGCCAGUUCAGACACAGUAUAUUCCAUGUACUCUAAUGUACCAUGUCAUACUUUAACAUGAAUAGCCAGUUCAGACACAGAAUAUUCUAUGUACAUUAAUGCACCAUGUCAUAAUUUAAUAUGAAUAGCCAGUUCAGACACAGUGUAUUCCAUGUACUCUAAUGUACCAUGUCAUACUUUGACAUGAAUAGCCAGUUCAGACACAGUGUAUUCCAUGUACUCUAAUGUACCAUGUCACACUUUAACAUGAAUAGCCAGUUCAGACACAGUGUAUUCCAUGUACUCUAAUGUACCAUGUCACACUUUAACAUGAAUAGCCAGUUCAGACACAGUAUAUUCCAUGUACAUUAAUGUAUCAUGUCAUACUUUAACAUGGAUAGCCAGUUCAGACACCGUAUAUUCCAUGUAAUCUAAUGUACCAUGUCUCACUUUAACAUGAAUAGCCAGUUCAGACACAGUAUAUUCCAUGUACAUUAAUGUACCAUGCUAUACUUUAACAUGAAUAGCCAGUUCAGACACAGUAUAUUCCAUGUACUCUAAUGUACCAUGUCAUACUUUAACAUGAAUAGCCAGUUCAGACACAGUAUAUUCCAUGUACAUUAAUGUAUCAUGUCAUACUUUAACAUGAAUAGCCAGUUCAGACACAGUAUAUUCCAUGUACUCUUAUGUACCAUGUCAUACUUUAACAUGAAUAGCCAGUUCAGACACAGUAUAUUCCAUGUACUCUAAUGUACCAUGUCAUACUUUAACAUGGAUAGCCAGUUCAGACACAGUGUAUUCCAUGUACAUUAAUGUACCAUGUCAUACUUUAAAAGGGGUACCCAACUCAGACACAGAGAUACCCAACUCAGACACAGGGAUACCCAACUCAGACACAGUACACACUCCAUGCUCCGUCACAUAUCAUCUUUUCACUUGUUUCGACCUUCCUCUCUAAGGGCAGACACUCUAACCAUUGCAAUAUGGAGACUGUCGUCCUACUUGUUAUGAUCGGUGUAACAAUGUGUGACGUGGGUGAAUGUUUUAAUCGUGAGUUGAUGACGUGGUGUUUCUUCAUGAGAUCAAACCGUGGUUCGCUCGGACCAGACUCGAUAUAACACAGAAGUGAGAGAGACACUCCUUAGUUGAGACUGGAUGCGUUGAUCGACCAACACUCAUUCUCAUGCCAUGUAGUAGACCCAUUAUCAUAUACAAUGUAAUAAACUGCAUAUUAUGUG